GUCAAAGACACUGGGAACUCCAAAUCCCAUCACCACCAAAGGGAAGGUGGCUGGGACCUGAGGGUGGGGUUAAGCAGCCAGGUGGAUAUAAAAGGCAGACACGUGGGCUUUGGAGGAUCCCCCAUUUUUGGCUCUCUGCCAGCUUGCAGCGUCCGGCCAGCUCUGAGAGUGACUUUGGGUUUCCAGGUCGUCGGAUCGGGUUUAUGGGACCGUCUUCCACAUGAACCGGGGAAACCUGUUCAACCUCAAGGCCCUGGUGGACAAGUGGCCUGACUUUGGCACUGUGGUUGUCCGCCCCCAGGAGCAGGAGAUGACAGAUAACUUAGACCAUUAUGCCAACACCUACCUCAUCUAUUCUAAGGAUCCCAAGAACUGUCAAGAAUUCCUCGGCACAUCUGAUGUCAUCAAUUGGAAACAACAACUGCAGAUCCAAAGUUCACAGUCCAGCCUGCAUGAGUCAAUACAGAAUGUUGCAGCUGCUAAAUCGGUUCAGGUCAAGCAAACACAAUGCCUUCUCUAUAUGACGCCCAAGACGGCAAAGGAAUUGCUCCCUUCUAUGCAGGAGACAAAGAACUCACCUCUUCUGUCUGGUGAACCCAAGCCCAUAAACCAAGAGAUGUUUAAGUUCUCCUCCCUGGACGUGACCCACGCUGCCCUGGUGAAUGAGUUCUGGGGUUUUGGCGGCAACGAGAGGAGCCUGAGGUUCAUCGAGCGUUGUAUCAGGACCUUCCCCUCCUCCUGCCUCCUGGGGCCAGAGGGGACUCCAGUGUCCUGGGCCCUGAUGGACCAGACAGGAGAGAUGCGUGCGGGGGCCACUGUGCCCAAGUACAGGGUCCAGGGCCUCAUGACCCAUGUCAUUUGGGCCUAUGUGCAGGAUCUGGAAAAACGUGGCUUCCCCAUAUAUGGCCAUACAGCCAGAACCAACAAAUCCAUACAGAAAAUGAGUGACACUCUGCAUCAUAUCCCCAUGCCCUGUGACUGGAACCAGUGGCACUGUGUCCCUCUGUGAAAUAGCCCCAGACACGUGGCCAUGCUGUGUGAGCUAGUCACGUGGCAGGAGGGAAGGGUGGGUAGGCAGAGAGCAAGAAUAAACUGAA